UCCGAAGUGAAGCUAGUUGGAGAUCUGGCAAAGUACGUGUAACCGUAGUUUUACGGCUUUAGAAAAUACUGCCACAACUAUUUAUAUAAAGCAUCCUUCCUCCAAUAUGUAAAGUUUCUGACGUGUUUUUGACCGGACUGUACUGCCCCAACGCUGGCAAUGGCAGAGUUUACACUCUAGCAAUGGGCAAUGGACAUAGGAAGAGCUUGCUGUUGGACUAGUUGGUAUAUGUGGGACGAAACAUCAUAACUGGACAAGGAGUGGAGGCAGGGUAUGGUGGCUAGAAAUUAGCUAGAAAGGUUAGAGAUAGAGAGUGUUUGUGAAGAGGAACAGACGCUAUUUGCGCGAACGCUGGGGCAGCGCUGCACGGGGCCGCGGCCAUAGCGUCGGCAGUCGUGGUGGCGCUGCUGGUCACAGUUCGAUUCCCUUUUGGAACGCGCACAGCUGUGUACCCCUCCACAGAUGCGCUUUCUCCGCGCUACCCGUGCUUUUACGUUUUCGCGUGUGCCUCGUCGUAUCCAUUCAAGCGACACCAAUUAGUCGGUAUGCAGCUUUACAUACCGAGCUUUCGAGGUUAGACAUGGCGAAGAGAGCCGCGCAAACUCACUGCUUCGCUCCCGGCUGUACGUCUGGUUAUGUGUCGUCGAAGAAUUCCGGCCGGCGCGCGUCUUUGUUUUCCGUGCCGAAGGAGCCAGAACACUUUAAAGCUUGGCAGCGGGCAGUUCCGCUUGCCGGUCAACUUCUCAACGCAAGGUCAAGACUCUGCGAGCUGCAUUUUGAUGAACAGUUCAUUGUGCGAUACUUUACGCACACGAUCAACGGCGAAACGGUGUUGAUUCCUCGUCACCGGCCUGUGCUAAAAAGUGAUGCAGUUCCGACAAUUUUCCCCGACCUCCAUAAGUAUUUGUCCAAAAAGGCACGUCAGAAAAGGAAGACUAGAACGUCGUGUGGCCUGGGUGAGGAAAGUGAUGCAUCCACUGACGAGGUUGAUGAUGCCUUAGGCGAAAGAAUCAUGUCGCAUGAAACUUCCAAUUCAGACUCCUCCAUGCAGCCUGAUGGCCCUCGAGACAUGGAUGACAAAAAUAUGCGUGAGCCAGCAGUCCUGCAUCCAAGGAUCAUCUCCGUAACUCGACCAAGUUGCACCACUGAAACUUCAAGAGAUGCAGCCAUCAUAAAUAGCAACACUGGAAUCUCCGUUGGCACUUCAGGAGCUCUGGUGAAAAAGCCUGGCAGGAAUAUCAUCAGGUGUCACGAGUGUACUGUGUGUAAGCGGCGCUAUACAAGAAAGCGGUAUUUGAAAGAACACCGGGUCUUACACACGGGCGAGAAGCCUUACACCUGCCCCACUUGUGGCCGGAAGUUUUCCCUACGGACUGGUUUCCUUAACCACCGGCGCAUCCACACAAAUAAGGGCUACGAGGAUGAGCGCCACGGCAACAGGGCCACCAAGAUCAAAGAAGAAGAGGAGGACAACGAAAGGGGCCCUCUAAACAUGGGUGAUAAAGAUACAUGUGAGCCAGCAGCCCCGCAUCCAAGGAUUGCCUCCGUAACCCGGCGAAGGUGCAGCACUGAACCUUCAAGAGACAUGGCCAUGAUGGAUAGCAACACAGGAAUCUCUGGUGGCACUUCAGGAGCUCCUGUGAAGAAGCCCGGCAGGAAUGCUGGCGGGUGUCACGAGUGUAGUGUGUGUGGGCAGCGCUUUACAAGGAACCAGUAUCUGAAAGAUCACCUGGUCUUGCACACGGGCGAGAAGCCACACGCCUGCUCCAUCUGUGGCCGAACUUUCGCCCAGCGGAACGGCCUCCUUAACCACCAGCACAUCCACAGGGCUGAGAUGCGGUUUUCGUGUGAGCUGUGCCCGUCCAAAUUCUGCAAGAAGGAGUCUUUCGACAGGCACAAGCAGCUACAUGCGAGUGGUGUGCAGCUGUACCACUGCCACGAGUGCAGCAAGGUGUUCGAGUCGAGGACGAAACUGUUGCAGCACGAGAAGUGGCACAAGAGCGAGAAACCAUAUCCGUGCCAGCUGUGCCCAGCUGCCUUUGUAUAUAGCAAAGAUCUAGGCAGGCAUCUACUGGUGCACACAGGUGAAAGGCCAUAUGGGUGUACUGUGUGCCAAAAACAGUUUGCCUGGAAGAACAACCUCGCAUUGCACAUGCGCCGGAUGCACAGCGGAGUCAAGGCCAGUGUGGCAGGUGUUAGUGGCCGUACAUUGCUGAGUAGCCCACCGACCACGCAGCCUCCUGCAAACAUGGGCCUCAUCUUUGAGCCAGAAUGCAUUCUGCAGUGCUAUGAGGAAGAGCACUACGGCAACAGUGCUGCUAAAAUCAAAGAAGAGGAGGGCAACGAAAGGAUCAUGACAAGUGUUCACAUCAAAGCUGAACCGAGUAGCCCUACAACCAUGCUGCCUCCUGUCAUCGCAAGUGUUUACACCAAAGCUGAACCGAGUAGUCCUACGACUACACCGCCUCCUGUCGAAUCCGUGCUUCCUGUCAUCACAAGUGUUUACACCAAAGCUGAACCAAGUAGCCCUACGACUACACCGCCUCCUGUAGAACCUGUGCCUCCUGUCAUCACAAGUGUUUACAUCAAAGCUGAACCGAGUAGCCCUACAACUACACCACCUCCUGUAGAACCUGUGCCUCCUAUCAUCCCAACUGUUGACAUCAAGGAGGAACCGGGUCUCUCUCCAUAGACUUCGGGCCAGCCUGGUCUUAACCUGCCAUCACUUGUACUUGGUGUCAACAUUAUGAAGACAAUGUGCAGUGUCCGAUUGGCUCUGCUCCUGUGUCUGCAGUGGAUACUUGCCACUUUGGAUGUGCUCUGGGAGAAAGACAGUCAGCAAACGUGUGCUUGGGGUGUCUAGUUGAGAAGUGACUAUGAACGAUGGCUCAUGGCCAGUACAUUUUGUACGUCACUUCUUCAAUAUCUGCAUGAAAUGGACCUACAUGCUUAUAUUUAUUUCCGACAUUAUUAUGCUGUGUGGCAACUCCAGCGAAUAAAAAGAAAAGCACUAUGACCACAUUGCCUUCUGUAAGUGAAGCGCCACAUAAAUUGUGAAAUGUUGCAUUUGGAUUUUUCUGAGCUAAAUUAAAGGGCAAUGGCGACCUCCUGUUUUGGCUUAGCAUUUUAUGUCAUGUUCACACGGAUAAAACGACAUGAUUUCUUAUAGUAAAGUCUUAACUGAUUCAUGUAAGUAUGCUUUACUAAAAGUACGGCGCCCUUGAAUGAGUAAAUGGUUCGUUCCCAACUCGACUCGGAAGUAAAAACAAAAGAACUUUCUCAAGCUACACUUGUCAUGAGCCAAGAAAGAAGCAGGGAGAAGAAGAAAAAGAUUCGAAGAGGGCAACAUAGCAUGAGGAGGCUAUUGAAGAGAUGAAGAAAGAAGUGAGAAAAUACGAAAGUGUCCGAUUCAAAAAAAAAGAAUGGAAGGUUUAAAAGAAGACGAAGAGGAAAAAUGAACGUGUGGCUACGUGGCCAAGGCGGAGAAGAGACACGUAGCAGAAGAGAAGGGCACAGCUACACUCUGGGACGACAAGGGGCAGAAGGAGCUGGAGGCUGAACAGGAAGGGUGGAUAUCGGAGACGGCGGCAACCCAGUGGAAGCUGUUCUUCGGCUGCCGCGGCCAUGACCCGCGAGCUGAGUGGACGUCCCACCGGAAGCCGCAGCUACAGGCUGACGGCGCCGCUUCCUGGAUUCCUUGCAGCUACGAUCCGCAGGCUAGCGGAGUUGACCAGGCGAUCCAGGCGCCUCGGUCACCCCACCAUCCUGACCUCCUGACCAGCUCAACAGUGGACCAACGUCGGAGACAGCGACGUCGAGUCUACGACGCAUCGGCGGGCCCAACGACGUGUCGUCGGAAGCCGUGACGACGAGGUGACGUGGCCACGCUGAGGAACGCAAUGUAAAUAUUUUGGACUUAUCAAUUCAAGAUAGCUGAGGACUUUGGGGAACUUCUAGAAUUAACUCGUGCUGUAAAUUGUUUGCUUUAUGUUGUUUGUCGUUUCCUUUUGCAAUUAUAAAUGUUUAUUUUAAACGUG